UUAUGUAAUAAACUCUGCUGACGUGUGACUAUAAUACUCAAGCUAGUUCAAUUUCUGCCAGGCACAGGCUUUAUGUGAAUCCUGCAAUAAUUUGCUCUAUAUUUUUCUGUAAGCAGUUAGAUGACAGCUGGAAAAAGUUGAACAAUGGUCGAGAUUUACUCGUCUCAAAUAUGUACAUUUUGAUCCACGAACUAAUCCAGAGUAUAUAAUUGUAUUCAACUGUUUUCGUUGCAGAAUGCAUUUCAUUUUGGGAUUGGCAGGCUAAUGGACGAACAGUUCUGAGAAUGGCGAAAAAGUGUCCUGGUGAAGAUGAAAAGAGGAAAGAUGAGGGCAGAGACUGGCUGCAAAUUCUUGCUGUAUUCAUAGGCUGCUUGACAACGCUAGAAAAUGGCAUCCAUUUCUCCUGGACGUCACCAUUUUUCGUGCAGCUCACAAAGGACACAGAGAAUUAUGACAUCAGCGAGGACCAUGCCUCGUAUUUCACCACGCUGCCGCCGAUAUUCCAGAUACUGUCCUGCCCUAUUUUCUCUGUACUUUGUGACAGGAUAGGACGGAAAACUACGCUUCUUAUUGGAGGUGUGCCUUUUAUUCUAGCGUGUAUACUGGAAACGUUUGCUGAGAAUGUUUAUGUUUUCCAUGUAGCCAGGUGUCUUACGGGAAUAGGAGCUAGUGCAAACUACAUUGCUUUGUCAAUGUACGCUGGAGAGAUUUGCAAGCCGAGGGUUAGGGACUUUUGGGUAAACUUCUUGGUAUCAAUCAAUGCCAGCGGUGGACUGCUCCUGAUAAACCUCAUAGGAUUCUACUUUGACGUCCAUCAGACUGCCUACAUCCUCCUGGUGCCGGGAGUGCUUUUCCAAAUAGCCUUCCCCUUCAUGCCUGAAUCACCGUACUACCUCCUAAUGAAAAGAAAGGAGGAUGCGGCCAGAAACAGUCUUCAAAGAUUGUUACAGAAAGAAGAUGUGGAAGAGGAUUUUGUUGAAUUGCAAGCGGAUGUUAAGAGACAAAUGUCUGAAACAGGCACUUGGAAGGAUUUGUUUUGUAUAGUGGCAAAUAGAAAAGCACUGUUUGUGGGAGUGCUGAUGAGAGUGGCUCAGCAAUUUGGUGGAUCGGCUUUUGUCGCUGCUUAUACAAGCUACAUUUUCGAAGAGUCCGGUGGAGACGCGAAAACUGCCACCCUCAUCUAUAGUGGCGUAUUCGUAGGAGUAACCAUCAUUGCCAGUUUCUGCAUAGACCGUUUUGGAAGAAAGAUGUCGUUCAUAAUAUCUAUGUUUCUAUGUGCAGCAUGCAUGCUCUACUUGUCUGUUUUCUACUACAUCAAGGAUUGCGUUCCCCAAUGGGAUGUUUCAAACUACACCUGGGUUCCCUUGAUAGGCAUGAUGGCUUAUAUAGUAUUCUCUGCUUUUGGAGUAUCCAAUAUUCCGAACGUCAUGCUUGGAGAGCUAUUUUCAGCCUCCAUAAAGGCUAAAGGUUUGAAUGUGCUGAUCAGCGUUAUGGGAUUGUUAAUAUCAUUAACAAGCUACCUGUUCUACCUCUUCAGCUCUAGCUUUGGCAUGUACACAGCAUUCUUUGUUUUCUCCCUGAUAAGCUUUGGGAACGCCGUAUGGUGUAUCUUCGUAUUGCCGGAAACUAAAGGGAAGACAUUAGAGCAAAUACAACAAGAGUUCAAUGGAAACAAGCCACUGAAGUCGGAUAGGCGAGAUUCCCAAAAGCUUGUAUAGUACGUUGAGCAGCAAACAUUUCACUCUGUGAGUGGAUAUGUUUGUGUUGUUUUAAAACAAAAGGAAAACAUAUAAUUUUAUAUACCUUAAAACCCUGUUGAGAGGAGUGUGAGUGAUAUUUUUGAGUACCAAAUACACUUUAUCAAGGAAAAUUUUGUAUUUCACUUUAUUGGCAGGUAGUUUCAAAGCAUCUAUUUCAAAAUUUUUAAAAGUUGAAAGACACAUUUUUCUGAUUAAUUGUUGUCCAACUCCUUUUGCAGUGGAGUAGUAAAUUACAGUCAUGUUGUUGCAUCGUUUUUUGACGUAGAUCCACUUUUACAUUUUUAACAUCAAAAAAUAGCCAUAUUCUCACUGACCGAGUAAGUAAAAAAAUCUCUAUCAAUUGAGCAUGGUUGCUAUUUUACCAUUUACUAUUUUUAAUUGCUUUUUGAGCUCCUGAUGAUGGUAGCAUAGUCUGUCAAAAGCUUGAGUAUUGUCAGUCAAAAGAGUAGACUCCGCAUAAUUUGACGAUAUAUCAAAGGAAAGUCUUCCAUUAUAUAGUG